UUUGUUCAUGUGACAGAUUGAGAAAGUGAUUCUCUUUGGUCAAAAAAGUCCAUUAUUUAUCGCUAAUUUAACGAAUUAGCUCACUUUGUGAUGAAUUGUACAUUAAUAUUAGGAAUAAGUAUAUAUCUUUAGAGGUAUCGUGCAACGAGAUAUUUUAGAACCUUUAAGAAUAAUUGAAUUAAUUAGACCAAAUUUUGAAUAUUAAGCAAGUUAAAAAACCCUACACAUAAGGAAUAAUUAUCUUUUGGUAAUGACGUGAAGUCCUGUAGUUGAUAUUUUAUUAAAUUCAAGUUAUAAAUAGUGUUUAAAUUUUUAUAAUUUCACACCUCGGUUUUUUUUGUUGCACUGUUUAUGUUAUUUGUUUCCUCUGUGCAAAUAAAAAUUGACCACCAUGCCGCGAUGUUAUAUGGUAAAGAAAGCUUUGUGCAACAAGUACAUGAGCGUUACGAGAGGAUUUGAAAGUUGGAACAGAUCUAGGGAUUCUCCUUCACCUCAUGCAACUCUAAUAACGGACUCUCCUAAGGUUUCUUUGACGCCCAUAGAUUCUUUAGAUAGCAACACAUCUCAGUUGAGGAAUGUUGUAUUCGAUAGAAAAAUAUAUUCCGUAUCAACUUCUAAUUCAAUUUCAUAUUCGUCACUAAAGUCAGAAAAAGAUUCUUCAGUUCUUGACUGUGAAAAAGCGGAUCAUGGGGGAUCAGAUAUAAUAUCUACAGCAACAUCUUCUUUGGUAACUACGAAUAGUCGAUAUCAAAAUCCUAUCAUUUCAAGCUCAUCAAAAACUCAAGAUGCAGAGGAAACGCCCAUAUUUCGAGAUAGAUCAGCAGCAGAAACUGAAGCAGCACAUGAUCUUUUAGAAUUAUCAAGAUCUUUACCUCCGUUGCCACCACCAAGUAUCGCGAUUGGUCCUCAAAACGUAAUAGAAUCUCCCACUACUGAAAAUGUCCAAGAAAUAAGUAUCUAUCAACCAGUAGAACCUCCAAUAUAUCAAGUAAAUACAAUAGAUUUAACUGGAAGUACGGCAACAGUAUACCAACAACAAGCAACAGGAAUUAUAUAUGAACCAACCAUUGUUCAGCAGACUUCAAAUGGUGUCUUCAUACCUCUCUCUCCCGUUCAAGAAAUUCUUUUCACAUAUACUACACCUACGAUACCUUCUAUCAUUGCAACUCAAGUAUCUCCUCUGGAAGCUCCUCCACUAACACCACCGACAUCUGAAUGCAGCAGUGACAUCGAGAAUAAUAACCCAAACUUACAACCUAGUCAAAGGGACAAAGAAGUACAAACUAUCACUGAACAGACGGAAGUUAAAACUGCUUCUUAUACUUAUGAUACGCUCCUAGUUGCUGACGGGAGGUCGAAAAAUAAAAAACAAAUUAGUAAUAUAAUUCAAAAAAAUAAUUCAGUAACUGAAAUAACUGUUGAACCACCAGAAGCACCAAGAGCUGGCCGAUACGUCUGUUGUGAAUGUGGCAAACAAUACGCCACGUCAUCAAAUCUAUCUCGGCAUAAGCAAACUCACCGAAGUAUCGACUCACAAUCUGCAAAAAAAUGUAUCCAUUGCGGCAAGGCCUACGUGAGCAUGCCUGCCUUAGCAAUGCAUGUACUCACUCACAAGCUUACUCAUAGCUGUGGGGUAUGUGGUAAAAUGUUUUCUAGACCUUGGCUGCUUCAAGGUCACCUCAGGAGUCACACUGGUGAAAAACCUUAUGGAUGUGCUCAUUGUGGUAAAGCUUUCGCAGAUAGAUCAAAUCUUCGUGCUCACAUGCAAACUCAUUCUGUUGAUAAAAAUUAUGAAUGUCCCAAAUGCCACAAAUCAUUUGCUCUCAAGUCAUAUCUUAAUAAACAUCUUGAAUCAGCUUGCCAAAGAGAUAAUGAGGAUGACAGUAGUAAUGAUAUUGAUACACCAAGUUUCUCUUUGACUCCUUCCGAGUGUGAGCCAUAUGGACGCUUAUGAAAAAUGAAGAAGACGAUUUAAGACUACCAAGGGCACGACAAAGAAAUGGAGUAGCAGUUCACUAUUUAACUUAAAAGAGAAAAACAAGACAAAAAAGGUUAAAAGAGGAUACUUUUGUCUGUUGUCAACUACGCUAGCUCAUCUUCAGGAUGGUUUGUUCUUCAAAUAGAUGAUAAACAAAAACAAGCGAAUAAAAGAACUAUGAAGUAGAAAUUGUAAAUGAAUAACUCGAUCAAUUAAUAAUAUGUAGCAAAAACUAAACAUCGAAAACGUUCAUUUUAUUACUCAUGAUUA